UUGUCACCGAGCAGCUGUUAGCUUAACGUCAAAUGCUUAGUGUCAAAGAACUUUCGUAACGUAACUGAAACUCACGGAAGAAACACAACACACGAGACAUUAAAUCAAAAUUCCUGCGGUUGCCGCGAUGUUGAGCAUUCGCUGCCUGCGGCAGCUAGACGGGCCCCACCUCCGCCCCGUGCUCAGCCUAGUCCGGAAGCCCAAUGGGAUUGCUCAAAGGAAUUUCACGGCUCUAUGCCGCGCCAGAAGUGGUCACGUAAUAGCUCCGCUCAGGCAGGGACUAAGAUUGGGUCAUGGCAAGGGGGAGACGAAGGGCGGAGCCCUGAGCUUCAUACUCAUGCGCUGGACGAAGAUAGCGUGGAGCAACAUGUUUGGUAAAUACUUGCUGGUGACGAAUGUGGUGGGAUCCGGCCUGCUGAUGGUCGUCGGCGAUGUGAUUGCCCAGGAGUACGAGUACCGGCGGGGCUUGCGGCAGCAGGAUCGCUACGACACUGGUCGAAUGUACCGGAUGUUUGUGGCUGGCGCUCUGCAGGGACCGCUCCAUCAUCACGUUUACAACUGGAUGGACAGGGUAAUGCCAGCCCGCUCGAUGAAGAACAUCGCGAAGAAGAUCCUCAUUGAUCAGCUGGUGAUGUCUCCUGCCUGCAUUUUCAUAUUCUUCUACACCAUCUGCUAUCUGGAAGGCCAAAAUCUGGAGGACACCAACAAGGAGCUGAUUAGCAAGUUCCCCUACGUCUACAUGCUGGACUGGUUAACAUGGCCGGCGGCACAGUAUGUAAACUUUCGCUAUCUGGAUACCAAAUAUAGGGUAACCUUCGUCAACAUCUGCACCGCCGUCUACAAUGUCCUCAUGUCCUACAUGAAGCAUGACUUUGGGCUCCAUCUGCCGCUGGAAAACCAGCUAAUGGAGUCGACGAGCAGCAAGGGCAAGAGCACCUUCUCAGACAAGACAACCACUCCCACCGAAAACCAGGCCACUGAUAAUUUACCCGUGCAAGCACCGAGAACCUAACCACGGGACAUGCGAAAUAUUGUGAUAAAAGAAUGAAAACUUAGUUACCUAUUAAUAUGCACAUAUUUUGGUAUUAAUAAUUGGAAAAGAAGAGGCUCUCAGUAUGAAUAUAAAUUGAUAUAUGGUACCACAGUGAACUUGAUCAUGUCUAUAAAUAUAUUAUAAACUCUUAAGAUAGAACAAUUUAAAGCAUUUUAGUGGAAUUUGUUUUAGGAAAAAUGCCAAUGAUGAAGCUUUUAAUUGUUAACCUUUACAAUUUCAACAAAAGCUCGCAAGGAAUCAAAAAUCUACAAAGUGAGCCACCAGUGAUCCAUUUUUUGUCUUGUUUUCGGAUCUCAAACGAUAGUAACCCAUUUAAGUUACGGGUAACUCUCGUUUUUGGACCCCUGGAUUAUUAAGUAAAAUAAACAAAUGUAAAAACUAAGUUACCCUAAAAUGAACAUAUCAAAUAAUGACCUCGAUGUUGUUUUGUUAUCGCGUUUAAGUGUUAGCUUAAUUGAUAAAGUAGUAAAUAAGCUUUCUAGUCUUUAAUAUUUAAGUAAACUCUGUUGUCUGCACUAUUUAAUACCUUUAUAAGACGAAAAGUGGUUUAAAUAAAUGAAAAUACACAAGGAAAAUUUUA